AGACAUGCACAACAUACAUUUCCCCCGCGGUAGAGCAAUGUUCGUUAAGCUUGCUAAAUAUAUAACACAAUGAGUCUAAAAGUAGACCGUUUCUACGUCAUAACGCUGCGAUAAUUUAGUCAGUGUGUACUAUUGAAUGGAGCACGUAGGUAGAAAGUGUUGGCGGGGAAUGUUUGUACACCUGUCGCCAGCGCGAUCAGCUGAUUGGCUAUGUGAAUAAUGUAUAAUUAUCUACCUCAGAGUUUUAUUUGUAAAGUCAAAUUAUGGCGAGUUGAAGCAAUGACUAUGGCUCUACAAAGGGGAGAUCCGACACACAGCAAUCCGUUGUCGAACGGAAACCUCGCCAGUAACGGUCAAGGAAGGAACCGAGCACGCAAGGGACCUGAGGAUCAGUUAGUUGAACGUAUUCGACGCUUUAGCAGUCUGUCUCAAGACGAUUUUGUGAAAAUGAAAGAUGCGGAGCAACAAGACGAUUUCUUUGCUGUCAGAAACGCUCAAGAUAUCACAAAUCCCGAUACGAAAGGCGAUACUCAUUCGUUGCUAUCAAUAAAGAUUGUUCCGAACUCAUUUCGUAGAAUUUUAGGAGUGAAAGAGAUAUGCUCGAAACAGGGAAGUUUUUUACAUCGGACAAUUGAUUUACCGCAUAAGCCUGGUGAUUCGUUGGGUUUUUUAAUUCGGCAAGGUGAUGGCUGGACGAGAACAGACGGGAUAUUUAUUUCGAGACUUGUUCUAGGCACCGAUGUCGAUAAUUUCGAGUUGUUGAGAGUCGGGGACGAAAUAAUACGCGUGAAUAAAGUAGACGUACGCGGAAUGAACGUUGACGAUGUCAGUGCACUUAUGCAAAUGGCGAAACGAUUAAUAAUUACUGUUAAAGUUCUCACUCCUUUGUCUAAGAAGAAGUUGUUUGCUUUGAGCAACGGCAGAACACGUACUCGACCUGGCUCAACAUCGCCUACUCCUGUACCAUCACGAGAAACCCAGGAAAAACUGAAUGUACCGGCCCCAAAUGAUCCGUAUCGGAACAUACCUCGAAUGUACAGCCAUCAAGCAAACUAUAAGAUCGCUAGCCUGCCCAUAGGGAAGACUGCAAACAAUAACAAAGGCAGUCAGUCGCCAAAUUUGCCAAGAUCACGGUCAGUAGGUCGUUCCCCGACGCCGGGCAAGCGAGCGUUGUCGCCAAUUCACGAAGCAACUGAUUUCCAAGGCGAACCAAGCGGAAUUUUAGCAACCGGGCGAAGGAAAAGUCUCGGAGGCAGUAAUUCAGUUAGUUGGUCUGAUCAAGUGUCUACAAAUAAUACAAGCAAAACAAAUACAACUCAAAGGACAAAGUCUGGUAAAGCGGGGAGAUAGCAGCGGAAGACGUUGAUUUUGGGAGACGUGUUUGAAAUAAAUUUCAGCGUAGCUGGGAUGAAAAUCAUGAAACACAUGUUUGAAAUACAUUUCAUUGUUGCUCCGAUAAAACAUUGUAUUCAAAUGAUCACAAAUAAUACGAACGAAAUGAGGAAUAUUCGAUAAAGACUUGUUUGAUCCUUGCGAUCGUCAGGAAAGGCGGAAAUUAUAUACGGAUGAAUCAGCGAUAUUCUGGAAAAGUCUCGAAAGGAAAAUACUUAAUAUGAAGUCAUGUCAUGCGAUGUAUUUGUGGAUUUCAAAUAAAUUUUAAUAAGUGGGAAUGAGCCGAUAUUUGAAUAUUAAUUCACUUGUUAAUGAAUAUGCAAGAUAGCUGGGCAAAAUUUCAACCGCAUGUGUACUCUGUGGUUGAAAGAACGUCAAAGAGUAGCUCAAAAUGACCUCUAUAGCUUGAUAAAAUCACAAGCAUUAUAUCUUUUGAAUCAACACUUUGCUAAUGUUCAAAACAACUCCUCUGGUUUUGCUGUGUAGUUUAUACAGGUACUGUGUACACGAUGAUAUAUAGACAUGUUAUGUUAAUCUAAGUAUAACAUUGAAAUAAGGAAAAAUUUCAAUUUUUUAUCUCGUUGAUACGUUUUUGAAUAGUGAGUUUAACUGAAUGCUAUUAUACUAUAUUCAAUAAUAUUAUAGUAUAAUAUUUUCUAUAUUAAACGGUACAACAAUUGGAAUUCUGAAUGUUGCCGUGUGUUUAUAAAUAUGACAAACGAAUCGAUCAUUUUUUGCCGCUGAAUGACAAAGUCUGUUUUUUAGUUUCACAAGGUUGCUGCUGAAGGUUUGAGAUUUUGACUUCGGCAGUAGGGAUCGGUUGUAGGCGAAGGCUGUAUGGAUAGCGCUAUCCACCGCGGAUAGUGAUGUUUUCAACCGCUCUAAAAAUGCUUGGAACGCAAUCAAAUUUCUGCUUUGAAACUAACAAUUGUCAAAGAGGAUUCUCAAUUUAGGAAUGCUACAAGAUUUAAUCAAAGUUAUUUCUAACAACGGGCGAUUUUAAAGCGAUUGAAAAAACCCGCUAUCCGGUGGAUAGCGCUAUCCAACCUUCGUACAACCGGCCUCAACCUAGUAAUUAUGCUACACUAAAACUAUAGGCUAAUGACUCAAGUAUUUUUCAUUUACUUGAUAAUGCAUGAUAGGGCUUUAAAAGACAUAUGUGAAAUUCUUAUAGCUUUAAAGGAUAUUUGUACAAAAAAACUCGCUCAAAUAAAAGUUGCU